UCCUAUUAUGUUCAUGCUUAUCAAUAGUUAAGAAGUUAAUUUAAUUUAAUUUUUGUUUCUCUUUCUUUUUAAUUAACUAAUUGUUCAUUUCUUUUAAACAAUGUAUUUGUCAAUGUGGAUUAUAAUUAAUGUUAUCUGAUCUAAAUUUAGUUUUCAUCGGACUUUACAAUCAAAUUUAAUUUAGAUUUUCAAUCUUAUACAUAUUACAUAUUAACUUAUAUUAGGUUCUUACCAUUGAUUAACAAUUUAUUAACUAAUGGGUAGAUUAAUGAUCAAAUUGUUUGCCGUUCAUUGGUUAUCAUGGUUUCUUGGUUCACAAUUAGUUAAUUGCAACAAUGAAGCUUUCGAUGUACUUGGAAAGGCUUUAAUUACGCGAAUGAUGAGAAACGACGAGAUGGAAUUCGCUCUCGAAAUGAUUAAGAUCAAAAUCGACGGUUUUCUAAAUAAGGCCAAUCUGUCGGUUCCAUGUUCACAAUUCCGUCGAUUAUUUUCCGCUGAACUGGAAAAGGGAUCUUUUUGGACAUAUAAUUUAUUAGAUUCACAAGCCAAGAUCCCGACGGGACUUUUCAUGGGGAAAAUGAGAUUCAUUGGAUCAUAUGAUCAAUGUUUACAAUUAAAUGUUGACCUUCGUCCAUAUAAAUCUAAAUAUUCUGGUCUACCAGAUACAAUGACCACCCGUUAUUGUCACUUACGGAUUCCCCUUCAAAAGUUAAUGAACAAUGUGCCCACUGAAAUAUUGAAAUUGAAACAAUUACCUCAAUUCAAACAAUUGCAGACCUCAGAAUUAACUAAUUUACGAUCGUUAAUUAGUGAUUCAAAUGCUGAUCUAAUGGAUCCCGAUAUUCACAUUUGUCUACCAUCAACAUGUACUAACGACGAUAUCAGCUCGAUAAUAUCAACACUUAAAGGAGCAAUUCAAAUUGGCAAGACAAUUCCUACGGAAAUAAAUAACUGUGAUGAUGGUUCAUCGCUUCCUUGGGAUGAUUAUGAGAUUAUCAUUCUAGGUUUCUUAUUACUAAUUGUUUGGAUUGUAUUGUUUGGCUCAAUAAUGGAUUGGUAUCAUUCAAAGUACAAAAUGAAACCUAAAUUUAAGUUGAUCAGUCUAACAAUCAAUUUCUCAGUGAUUAAAAAUGGUUCGAGUUUAUUAAAUACCAAAGAAUCGGCUAAUUCAAUUUCGUGUCUUCAUGGACUCAAAGCGAUCUCAAUGUUUUUCAUUUUCCUUGGACAUUAUGGUUUAGCUCUGAUGGCGAGUUUUGCAGUUGAUACAAUGGAACUUGAUAGUCGAGCCAAAGAGUUUUGGACACAGAUCGUUGUUAACUCUUCGGCUUGGGUUGACACUUUUUUCGUUAUCAGUGGCCUUUUAGUUUCUUAUCAUAUUCUAGACAAGGCUGGAUCUUAUUCUGCUCGAUUCAAAGGGAAAUCACGAAGAGAACAGAUCAAAAUGGCCUUUGAUUACCUUCUUAAUGCUUACAUUUACCGUUAUUUAAGAUUAGCUGUUCCCAUGAUAAUUGUCCUUCUUUUGUCAAUAAUUUGGAAGCGAUUCGGCUCUGGACCUAAUUGGUAUCUCUGGUCACAAGAAAUUACCGAUACCUGUUCUAGAGAUUGGUGGAAAUUAUUAUUAUUUGUAAAUAAUUUCUUCUCACAGAAUAUGGUUGGAUUCGAGUGUUUAGGUCCAGUUUGGUACAUUGCCAAUGAUUUUCAGUUCUAUCUUUUAGCUCCGUUCAUUUCCUUGUUAAUCCUCACAAGACAACGAUGGUUAAGUUGGACUAUUCUAAUAUUGACCACAAUUGGAUCCAUGAUAAUUACUGGACUAAUUAUCGAAGAGAAAGAUUUAACACCGACAAUUGUUUGGCACCCGAAAAUGGUCAACGGUUAUUAUACUCACGUUUAUAUUAAACCUUGGUGUCGAAUCGGUGCUUAUUGUAUUGGCCUUGGUCUUGGCGAUAUUUUGAUUUUAACCAAAAGAAAUCUAAAAAUAAACAAGACACUUAAUAUUAGUUUGUGGAUACUUUCAAUUGCUGUUUUGUUGGCUAUUCUUUUGAUGCCUUAUCGUUUCAAUUCAUAUGAUUUUGAUAAAAUGGAGGCGAUUAUCUAUGGGUCACUUCAUCGUCCAGUUUGGGCGAUGGCUAUUUCCUGGAUUAUAUUUUCAAUCACUACCGGAAAUGCUCCGGUUGUUGAUAAAAUAUUGUCUUGGUCAUUUUUGGUCAUCUUAUCAAGAUUAACUUAUGGAGCUUAUUUAACUCAAUAUAUUGUUUAUUCAAAUUUGAUCCUUGCUAAUAGGGUUUAUUUAGAUGCAACUACUUCACUUGGUCUCGCUCUGUUUUCUGGUAAUUAUAUUCUUGGUUAUGCUUCGGCUGUGAUUCUAGCGCUUAUGGUUGAAUAUCCAACGAAAAAUUUCCUGGAAGAAUGGUCAAGAUCUCGAAUGGGUGUUUCAUCGACGGCAAUUAAAGUUAAUCAAGCAAAUGGUUAUGCUUUUACUGGAGAUGUUAAAUUAACUGCGGUCAAUAAAUCAUCUGAAAGUGAAAUGGUUAACAAACAGGGAGAGAAGCAAUUAGAUUGUUGAAAAUGUCAAAACCAUUUAGAGGGAAUCAGUUACAAUUAUUGAUCCUUUCUCAAAAUAAUUGUCUAAUAACUGAAUUAAAACAAUAAAUUACAGUUAAUAUCUUUU